GGCAAGCAGUAACGGUCUCUUACAUAUCGCAAGACCCUUGGGAGAAGCACGCGGCGCACCGCGAGGAGAUUCUUCUCCUGGCGGGGCAUCCCAAUUAUGCUAUACUACAACUAGGCGUAGUGCUACUCAGAGUGCAUGACUUUUUUGCUACUUGAGUCAUUGGUAUAGUCGAUUGCGCCUUUCUUCUAGUUUUGUCGCGUGCGCGACCAUAUUGCCACCAAUCCCAAUCGUGCUAGCAAGAAGAUGAGAAGGGAAAUGAUUAAAGAUGAACUUCUAGAGCGUACUGCAUGAAAUAUAUACGCAUCUGCGGCUUGUCUGGUGGCUUAAUAUGAUGCAAUAGAAGCUCAGUGAAGCCGAGCGCUUUUAUAAUUCCUGAUCCUGGCGCCUGUGGCGUUCUCAAAGAUAAUCUUUAUUAUUAAUGUAACUAAAGCUAGUGCAGCAAUAUGAACGCUGGAGGCGCCUGUUGUAGUAGUACUAGGUGGCUACUCGUCAUAUCUAUGAAAAUCAAAAAGACAUUGAUGAUUUUUAGGAUCAAAGUAAGAAAGUGCAAUCCGCCUUAUUUCUGUUCGUCUUCUUCUAGUACUUUCUUGAGGGCGUCUACGUGUGCACUCUAGUAGUAGGCAUGAGAGCACGAGCGAGCCUCUUGAUAUUAGUGCAUGUUCUUGUCGCGUAAUUAUGCCAGUAGUUCGUCUAAAUAGUUAGAUGAAGCGUCUUAUCGAUCUUUUGAACUAGUUGUAGCGCUAGCAGUUCUUACUAGUGCUAGCGCUACAACAACUAGCAGGAGCAUGGCGCCAACUUCUUCUCAAACGAGGAGGAGAAUCGCGACGGUUGUCAUCUCAGCGCCGCAACUGUUACUUUGUUAUCUUCCGCGUCGUCAUGAUGAUCUACGCCAUCUUCUAACUUUCGGCGAAGGAGGCGCUAUCGCAGUGUCAAGUAUUUUGGUACUACGGUGGUCCCCUAGGGGAUGUCUCAAAGACUGAGCCUAGACAACAAAGUACCGCGACAGAUGUGGUUCUC